UCAGCUGCUCAUCGGAGCCAGGGCGCGCGGCCUGCUGAUUCUUGUAUUUUUUGCCCUCUGUCGUUUAUGGAGAGUGUGGAGAGGAAGAUGAGUGGACGCUCUUUGGUUGGCGGCACUGGUGACGCCUCUCCCGUUCCUCUUUGGAGGGGCCCUUUUGGAAAUAAAGCUGGUGAGGCAACGCAUGGAGGCUUCUCCGGGCUAAAGUUAGCCUUGGCCCGCGGGCCGCCAGAACAGGGGCCAGAGGAAGAGAUAGCCAUGGAGGACAGCCCCUCUAUGAUUAAAGAGGACCGGGGUAGAAACCAGACUUCACCAUGUGGAAGGAGAAGGUGCUUUCCCAAGGCUCUUGGCUAUGUCACUGGUGAUAUGAAAGAAUUUGCCAGCUGGCUUAAAGACAAACCCAUAGUGCUCCAGUUCUUGGACUGGAUUCUUCGGGGCAUAUCCCAGGUGGUUCUCGUCAACAACUCCAUCAGUGGAAUCCUGAUUCUGGUGGGACUCCUGGUCCAGAACCCCUGGUGGGCUCUCUGUGGCUGUAUGGCAACGGUGGUCUCCACCCUGACAGCCUUGAUCCUCAGUCAGGACAGGUCAGCGAUUGCAGCCGGGCUGCACGGCUACAAUGCCACCCUCGUGGGAAUACUCAUGGCUGUCUUUUCAGAGAAGGGAGACUAUUUCUGGUGGCUGUUACUCCCUAUAGCUGCUAUGUCCAUGACUUGUCCACUUUUAUCAAGUGCGUUGGGCUCCAUGUUCAGCAAAUGGGACCUCCCUGUCUUCACCCUUCCCUUCAACAUGGCAUUGUCCAUGUACCUUUCGGCCACGGGACAUUACAAUCCGUUCUUCCCAAGCAUAUUGUUCACACCUGUAACCUCGGUUCCCAAUGUCACCUGGUCUGACCUCAGUGGCCUGCAGUUACUGAAAUCCCUGCCUGUGGGUGUUGCUCAGAUAUAUGGUUGUGACAGUCUGUGGACAGGGCUCAUUUUCCUAUGUGCCGUCCUACUUUCCUCCCCACUCAUGUGCCUGCAUGCUACAAUCGGAUCGUUGGUGGGGAUAACAGCAGCACUCAGUCUUUCGGCUCCAUUUAAGGACAUCUACUUUGGACUCUGGGGUUUCAACAGCUCUCUGGCCUGCAUUGCAAUUGGAGGAAUGUUCAUGGCGCUCACCUGGCAAACCCACCUCCUGGCUCUCGCCUGUGCCCUGUUCACUGCCUACCUGGGAAUCAGCAUGUCACACCUGAUGGCUGUGUUCGGACUGCCGUCUGCCACCUGGCCCUUCUGUUUGGCCACACUACUGUUCCUCUUGCUGACCACGAAAAACCCCCACAUCUACAAGAUGCCCCUCAGUAAAGUCACUUACCCUGAAGAAAACCGCAUCUUCUACCUGCAAGCCAAGAAAAGGAUGGUCGAAAGCCCUCUGUGAGAGCGACCUUCAUCCGCAGCCAUGGUCACAGCCAUUUCUGAUUGACUGCCCCAGUUGUCUUCCAGAACUUCAGCGCAUCAUUGUUUUUUCGCUGGUAACCACUUUCCUACUAACCCAUCGCCAUCUGUCCUUAUGCUCACUUUGUAAUUUUCUUUUAGACUUCAGGAACAUCCCCAAACAUGAGAGACACACCCAGACCAUGUGCUCUGGCUAUGGAAUUUUAAACCUUCAUGGGGUGUUGGCAAGAAGACUGUAAUAUAUUUAUAAAGCCAAAAUGCUCCAGCAGAAGGAGGAACUGAGACUGGAGCUAAUUAUUGAUAUUUAUUGAUAUUUUUGAUGUUUGGUUGGCUAGAUGGUGUUAACAGUAUUAAAAAUUAAACUCUAUAAAGCAACUAAGCCUUAAGGAAAUGGAAUUCAUGGUCAUAAAAUCAAAGUCAACCCAGAAAUCUCAGAUGAGCUGUUUGGAUUGUGAAAAGUCAAUGCAAGUUACACAUUGCAGCCUGGGUCAACACGGCAGGGGGGCGGCCGAUUGCUGAGCUGGCUCCCCGACUCCUCUGCCAGCAGCCUCUGGGUUGUCAUGCAGAUUUCACUUACUGGAGAUGGUUGGUUUUUUCAGGGUGACAGAGCUGCAUUAGGGAGAAAGGGUUUUUGUCAGUCAAAAUUAUUCUGUAUUGUUACUUUUCUUGGAGAUUGCAAAGGAUUUUUUUAGGUGGAGUUUAUUCUCUUUUUCUUGUGAGAAUGGAUUCGUCUUCAGUGAGAUAAAAUAAGGGAAGUUCUUGGCUUAAUCAGUUCCUAAAUAGUAUAGAAAAGUUACAUUUCUUUUUUAGGGUUUUUUUUUUUAAUUGUCUUUUACAGAAAGGAAGGAAGAGAAA